UACAUAAUGGCGGUCAGAAUAGCACUUUUGUGCUUUUGGUACGCGAGUGUGGCGCAGGCGCAUAUCCCGAUGCGGUACAUCAACUGGGCGGAACCGGAUGCCAACACGUAUGCGGUGGGGUCGUCAUGGUCACUCAGCAGCAGGGAAAACAGCUUGCAGCGUUUGACGGCGCUGCGAACUGUCAUGGCGGCGGCCGGCGUCGACGCCUACAUAAUACCCACUGGCGACGCUCAUAACUCGCAGUACAUCGCGCCCACGGACGCGCGGCGCGAGUGGAUCUCUGGGCUGUCGGGCUCCUCGGGGACGGCGCUGGUGACGGCGGAGCGGGCGCUGGUCUGGACAGACGCCCGGUACUGGACUCAGUUCUACAUGCAGGUCAACACGGACUAUUGGGACCUUAUGAGGCAGGGCACCGACUUGUCUAUCCCGGCGUGGCUGGCAGCGAACAUGCUCCCCGACUCCGUAGUGGGGGUGGACCCCACCACCUACACCCGCGCCAGCUGGACCUCACUACAGGUAAGGAGGGCAUCGAGCCUGAAGUUAUCAGAGCUGAAGAGCCAGGUCUCGUCCCGGGGAGCCGCGGCGCUGGUGCUCACUGCCUUGGACGACAUCGCUUAUACCCUGAACCUCCGCGGGUCGGACAUCCCCUACAACCCUGUCUUCUUCUCCUAUCUCAUCAUCAGGUCUGAUUUGCCGUCUCCGUCAGAUGUCAUCCUAUUCUGGGGCGAUGGCGCUCUCAGUGAGGACAUCGCGGCACAUCUGCAGUUGGAGGAUACGCAGCUCACUGUGCGCCCUUAUGAGGACGUGUUUGAUUACUUGAGGGAGAUGUCGGGCACAGUCCCCGCCGGCAACACAAUAUGGCUGACAGAUGACGGCAGCCACGCCAUCUACCUGGCCGCUGAAGGGGCUGGCCAGACCACCAUCCUCUCCACCAUAUCUCCAGUGGCUCUCAUCAAGUGCAUCAAGAACGAAGUUGAAUUGGAGGGCUUCCGUCGCGCCCACAUCAAGGACGGCACCGCUGUGGUGCGGUUCCUGCACUGGAUCCACCAGCAGGUGGACGCGGGGAACAACAUCACCGAGGUGCAGGUGUCCGACCGCCUCGAGGAGCUGCGGGCAGAAGAAGAAUACUCGAUGGGUCCGUCGUUCGCGACCAUCGCGGGCGCCGGCGAGAACGGGGCGGUAAUCCACUACAAGCCAGACAGAGAGGGGCCGCAGCGAGUCGUUACCAAGGAGGACAUGCUUCUGGUCGACUCCGGGGGACAGUACCUUGACGGCACUACAGACAUGACGCGCACGCGCCACAUGUCGACGCCCUCCGCCGCGCAGAAGCUCGCGUUCACGCGCGUGCUCAAGGGACAGAUCUCGCUCGCCACCGCCGUCUUCCCCCGCGGCAUCGUGGGCCACACCCUAGAAACCCUCGCCCGCAAGGCCCUAUGGGACGUGGGCCUCAACUACGGGCACGGCACGGGCCACGGCGUGGGCCACUUCCUCAACGUGCACGAGGGGCCCUCCUGGAUCCUGAGUGGCCCCGUGGCUGCGGACCCUGGCAUCGUGCCUGGCAUGAUUUUUAGCAACGAGCCGGGGUACUACGAGGUGGGUGAGUACGGCAUCCGCCACGAGGACCUGGUGGAGGUCAUCCAGCUGACACGCGACUCCGACCACCCGCUGGCUGCAGGUCUGGUGGGCAACUUCAGCGGCGUGGGCGCACUCGGGUUCACCACCAUCUCCCUCGCGCCGCACCAGACCGCCUGCAUGGAUGUAGAUCUGCUCACAGACUUUGAGCUAAGCUACAUAAAUGCUUACCACGCUCGUGUGCUAUCAACCAUCGGGCCAAUACUCUCGAACCGCGGGUUGACAGAAGAAUUAGCGUGGUUGGAGAAUGAAUGCGCGCCGCUCGUGCGCAGCGCAGCGGCGUCUGUCGCAGGGUCUUUUGGUGUACUUCUAAUGGCCAUACUAACUAAAAUAUACUAAUAAAAUAAAAAUAAAAUAUACAUAUAAAACAAACCCCUCCGGACUCGUGGUCACACCAGGUUGUCACACCAGUAUGACGAACAGGAUUUUUUUUCUUGUUUGUCACACCGCUAACAAUACAACACCUUUUAUCACACCAUUGGUAAUGCGGAUAAUAUCCAUAAGAUAAAAAAUAUAUCGAUAUUUGUCAUCAGGCAUUAAAUUCACAUCAACAUUGUUUUGUUUUAAGUUUACGCGGUUAUUAUCAUAAUUAAAACACAUAAUAACGGGUUCUUACCGCGUUUAAAAUGGCGAUAUGAGACUCCCGAUAUUUCGACACUGUUGCAAGUGCCAUGAUCACGGGAUGACUGAUGAGAUUGGAGUGGAGUACUUAGGUAGAUCCAUAAUUUUCUACGGACAGACAUAUCUGUCUACCCUCUUUCUUUGCCGCUUGUUUAUGUAUUUGAUAUCGGAAUGUUCGGAACCAUCUGAACUCGCACGAAACUCACUACGACAAACCGCACUCACUGUGUCCUCACGUUUUGUCACCACAUUAGGCCGUUUCAAGCUUUUUACAACACCCUACUACUGGAUUCCACAUGCUCGAUAAUUUGAACCCGUCUUCCCUAUUGAAACAUCAACAUACGCUCACGGCUAUAUCCCAAUUGGGGUAGUCAGAGGUACCAUCGCAAGAUGAACUAAGUACCCACACAUCACCGAGCUUUCUGUUAGACCAACGUGAGUAUCCACUCACGUGUUCAUGUCACCACUGGAAGACACACAGGGUGUUAGUGACAUCGUAUCGAUUCUGACGAUAUAAUGCCGUUUUGUCGAUAGGUGCUAACAUGGCAAACUGCAAAAGUCAUGUCGUGCUGUCAAAAUAGCACAACAGCUUAGGCGAAUGAGUCGCGGCUUAGCACCGUUAGCGCGCGACUCUUUCUCGUCGCGACAUACGUCACCUGUCACUCUCUCACAGUACUGCACAGAAAGAGACAGACGAUCUCUGUCGCGGCGAAAAAGAGUCGCGUGCUUACGGUGCUAGGCCCGCUGAGCAAGAUAACGCGAUUGCACACUUUUUAAUUCGCUCUACCAAAUGACGUUUCCGUCUGAUAGAAAAGGAUAGAAGCAUAGGAAAGUGCGAUGCGCCGCUCAUAUGUAGUUCAACCUUGAAUAUAAUAAUAAUAAUAACCAUUUAUUUUCAGAUUUACAAACCAUAGUUGUUAGUAAAAAUGCAGUCUUAACCUAUUGUUAGUAGAAAACACAAAAUAAGUUAAAAGAUAUUUGACACAUUCUUUGACGUUUAACGAUUGCCAGAUGUGUGCAGUCGCAUCCACCGCGCGAACAUAGGCGCGUCCCACCUGCCGACCAGCACGCUCAGUAUACUGUUCGAACUCGUACACAUUCGAUUUAGGGUCGAGGCGCCUCUCUUCCUCAUUAUUGUGUAGAAGCAGUCUAUCUUCGCUUCAGCAAACAUUAGAGAGGCGCUACAGAAUCGCGGAAGUCCAAACAGUAUCCCGAGUGCAUCAUUGUACUGCACACGUAGCGCGCUGUAUGCCUUCUGCGUAUAGUUGACCCACAGGCUGCACGUGUAGAAAGAUAAACGUAAUAAGAUUGAUUAAUAAAGUAAGAUUUUUUUAUUACAA